AUGUUAACUAUUGAUCAAUGGAAUCUGCUCUCAAAUUUAUCACAUUGUUAUGAUGAACAUAGUGGAUUAUCAAUAGGUGAACAUUUCAUGCUUGAACAAAAUGCUCUACCACUUAAAUUACGUUUUAAAAAAGAACAAAUAAAGAAAUUGAUCCAAAUAUCAUUAGAUAAGUAUGAUCGUUCGGUUUUACUACAUAGUACAUUCACACAUACGGCACAUCUUUCUGCAAAUUUUAUCAUCUAUAAAACUCAAUUAUUGAACUAUCCUACUUAUAUCAAUAUUGUUGAAAUGCUUACCCAUCCAGGUCUAGUAUCUGCUACUAAGCCUAUAGCAGAUCAACUUUAUUUUGAUAUGAUCAUUAUGAAAUUAUUUCUUGUUAUUCUUUCAUUUUCAACAACUCGCUAUACAGUUUAUUCAAAUACACCUCCAGUAAAUUUAUCAAAUAUCAAAGAAAUCUUACGUAUUCAAGAUACAUAUAUUGAAAUUACAUGGCGAUAUUUACUUUAUAGAUAUAAUUUUGACCGGUCUGUUAUAUGUUUAUCUGAUCUUAUUAGAUGUUUCUGCGCUAUUCAUGAAGCUAUAGUUAAAGUACAUGAUAUUCCAUGGCUUACAGAUACAAUUGCAUCGAUUGUUAACCAAACUGAACAAACUCUGAGUCCUAAUUAA